AUGGCAGGUACACCUUCCAGCUUCAAGAUGGAGCCUUCUGGAACUCAAGAAGACUAUUUCGCACCAACCAGCCUGCCGAAGAGCACAUGGAUGCUGAGUUGGUCAUUCCACAACCACCUGACCAUGAUGCAGGGAGACAAAGGAGGUAUGGGCAUUCCUGGAAGGAUGGGAGCCCCAGGAGAGCCAGGUCUGUCUAUCAUUGGGCCAAGAGGACCUCCUGGACAACCAGGAACAAGAGGAUUUCCAGGCUUCCCAGGUCCGAUUGGGUUGGACGGCAAACAAGGACUGAGUGGGAUGAAAGGAGACAUGGGCCAGCGUGGUCCUAAAGGACUCCCCGGGGAACCGGGUCCCAAGGGAGAGAAGGGCAUCUGUGGGGACUACACACACAGGAAACGGCGUAUUGUGCAGCCCUGUGUGGGACAGCUGGCCACACAGGGUGAGCCAGGCGCGCAGGGCCCACCAGGACCUCCUGGCCCACCUGGACCCUCAGGAAUCCCCGGGUUGAAUGGAGCCAGCGGCCCACCAGGGAAGCCGGGUGAACCAGGCAAACCAGGCAAAGACCCAAGGCUGCUACCAGGAAUGAAGGGUGAACCAGGUACACCAGGUCAAAAAGGUGAUCGAGGAGAUGUCGGCCCCUCUGGUCCUGAAGGCCCAAAGGGAUUGAAGGGAGACCAUGGAAUGAAGGGUGAAAAAGGGGACCCGAGCAUGGUAGGCCAAGUGAUUAAAGGUGAACCCGGCGCACCAGGACUCCCAGGCCUAGUCGGACCUAAGGGAGAAAAAGGUGACCAGGGAAGCAAGGGGGAAGCAGGUAGUGAAGGCCCGGCUGGACCAAGAGGACCCCCAGGCCCAACAGGGGAGCCAGGGAAGUCAGAAAUCCACAACAAUGAAAAUGAUAUUCGCAAUAUACCUCUAAUGGGCCCUCCUGGAUUACCUGGACCUCCUGGCACUAAGGGUGAAGUUGGUUUGCCUGGUCCUGCUGGAUUUGAUGGGGAGAAAGGACCACGAGGAAAACCAGGAGAGCCCGGUCCUGCAGGCCCGGCCGGUCCUGAAGGCCCCAGGGGCGAGGGUGGCCUUAUGGGUUUUCCUGGGCCAAAGGGAGACAAGGGGGACAUAGGUCCAUCUGGAUCACCUGGUCCUAAAGGCGAGUCUGGGGAGGGAGGAAGAUCAGAAAUGAUCUAUGGCCCUCCAGGGCCCCCCGGACCAGUUGGCCCGGCAGGACCGCAAGGACUGUCAGGGCCUAAGGGUGAGCCAGGCAUAGGAAUGAGAGGAGAGAAGGGAGCCACUGGUCAGAAAGGUGACAAGGGAGACAGAGGUCACCUGGGACUUCCUGGUCUGAUAGGACCAGCAGGUCUACCAGGGCCUGCAGGACCAAAGGGCGAGAGAGGUGUGAAAGGAGAUCCAGGUGUACCAGGACCAAUCGGGCCUCAAGGCAUCCCUGUCUACUCGUAUAUUACCUACAAAGCAAGCUGUUUUGGUCAGUCCAAGCAUGCCUGA